AUGCCAGAUCGAUUCCCUGAGCUGACAAGAAGGGAGAACCACCGCAUUCAGCCAUUGAGGGGCAACUAUUUCAAAGCAUCUCGAACCACAGGCAAAUGGAUCCAAGUUGAAUAUGUCCAUGUAUCUUCAUUCCCUGCAGAGCAAACCUAUGGGGAGGUGAAUCAGUUAGGUGGUGUAUUCGUCAAUGGACGACCGCUGCCCAACGCCAUACGACUACGGAUAGUGGAGUUGGCCCAGCUCGGAAUCAGACCCUGCGAUAUCAGUAGGCAACUUCGUGUCUCUCAUGGCUGUGUGAGCAAGAUACUAGCACGAUACAAUGAAACGGGUUCCAUUUUACCCGGUGCCAUCGGGGGGAGCAAACCACGGGUUACUACACCGAAUGUGGUGAAGAACAUAAGGGAUUACAAACUAGGUGACCCGGGAAUCUUUGCCUGGGAGAUCCGGGACAGGCUUCUCGCAGACGGAGUUUGUGACAAAUACAACGUGCCCUCAGUAAGCUCCAUCAGCCGGAUUUUACGGAACAAGAUUGGAAAUCUUUCCCAGCCGAACCAGUAUGAGAGCAGCAAGCACGCCCCCACACAGGCCGGCCUCUCUUACAACCACAUAUACCCCUAUUCAUACCCCAACGCUAUGUCACCCAAUGGCAAAAUGGGCAGCGGUCCCGGAGUACCCGUGACGGCCGGGCAUGUAAGCAUAUCAAGGGCCUGGCCAUCAGCGCACACUGUCACCAACAUUCUGGGUAUCAGGGCCUUCAUGGAUCAUCAAGCUAUUGCUGGAGCAGAGGGAUAUCCACCGAAAAUGGAGGACUGGAGUAAUGUCAACAGAGCGACGUUUCCCUCUGCUCAUGCAGUCAACGGAAUUGACAAAUCAGCCAUUGAUGCGGACAUAAAAUAUGCACAGCCUUCAUCAACAUUAUCCAGUUAUGUCCCAUCUUGUGCCUACUCAUCUUCGAACCAGUACGGCGUUUAUAGUGGGCCAGGUAGCUAUGUGACCCCUGGACACCAUUGGCAGUCCCAGAACUCGAGUUUGUCCCUCCCUAGCAGCGGCAUGACGAUGCACGCGGGAGACAUACACUCUUCAAUGGCGUUCAAACAUCCAUCGCGAGAAGGAGACAGAAAGCCCACCAGUCCACUAAGCAAGCAGCAGCAGCACGAGGCGUUGAGCAGUGUACACGGACUCAAUCUCCCUACCUCAUCCUCUUAA